AUGUAUGUGGCAACUGCUGAAGCAAACACACAAGAAAGCAAUGCUUGGAAAUUAAACUUUGACGGAGCCUCAAAUACUGUGGGUAACGGGAUCGGGGCAAUCAUGGUAUCUCCAGACGGUGAUCAUUAUCCAUUCACUAGCAAACUAGAUUUCGAUUGCACAAAUAACAUGGCGGAGUAUGAAACAUGUAUCAUGGGAAUUUGUGCGGCUAUUGAACGCAAAGUCAAGGUACUUGAGGUAUAUAGGGAUUCUGCAUUAGUGAUUUAUCAGAUCAAAGGCGAGUGGGAAACAAGAGACCCCAAGUUGGUUAGCUAUCGAAAGCUAGUCUUGGAAUUAAUUGAGGAGUUUGACAACAUCACCUUCUGUUAUCUCCCACGAGAUGAGAAUCAGAUGGCCGACGCUUUGGCUACAUUGGCUUCCAUGGUCAAAGUAAAUAAACAAGAGGAUGUGAAGCCUAUCCAAAUAAGCAUUUAUGAGGCUCCAGCCCACUGUUGUAACAUUGACGAAGAAGAAGAAAAAGACGAGCACCCUUGGUAUCAAGACAUAUUGCGAUACGUGAAAAAUCGUGAAUACCCAGACCAAGCAACUGAGAAUGAAAAGAGAACAUUGAGGAGGCUGGCUAGUGACUACGUCUUAGAUGAAGAAAUCCCAUACAAAAGAGGAAAGGAUCAGGUGCUGCUAAGAUGA